UCCCCAGUCUGUGGCCGCCCCAGAGCUCAGUACCGGAGUGUGGGGGGUGAGGAUUCGAUGGAAGGUGAGUGGCCCUGGCAGGCGAGUCUGCUCUGGUACAACAAACACCUGUGCGGGGGAUCCCUCAUCUCCAACCAGUGGGUGGUGACGGCGGCUCACUGCUUCCAACGGAGUACAAACACCUCCAACUAUAUGGUUCUGCUGGGAGUCAACAAGUUGGCCAACAGUCAACCUCACAAGGUGUCCUUGGGUGUGAAACGCAUCAUCCGCCACCCGGAAUACUUAGGGGAAUCUUCCAGCGGAGACAUAGCCUUGGUGGAGCUGGCGAGACCCAUCCAAUUCACCGAUUAUAUCCUCCCCAUCUGCCUCCCAGCUGCCUCUGUCCAGUUCCCAGCAGGCAUGAAAUGCUGGGUAACCGGCUGGGGCAACAUCCGGGAAGGUGAGGACCUGCCAGCCCCGCAGACCCUCCAGAAGCUUCAGGUGCCCAUUAUAAACCAGAAGACCUGCAGAUAUCUCUACAGCAAGGCACUGGGGGGGAAGUUCCCGCCCAAGUCCAUCCAGAAUGACAUGAUGUGUGCCGGGUAUGCUGAGGGCAUGAAGGAUACAUGCAAGGGGGACUCCGGCGGCCCGCUGGUCUGCAAGGCCUCCAAGGAGUGGCUGCUGGCCGGGAUCGUCAGCUGGGGUGAAGGCUGCGCCAUCAAGAACCGCCCCGGGGUCUACAUCCGCCUCACCUCCUAUGAGGCCUGGAUCCACGACCACGUCCCCGACGUCGAGUUUGUGCCAGAAGAGAAGGGGAGGAACAUGUUCGGGAACACUGGGGCUGGCUGGGCCGCGAGGACCGGCACGACCACCUGGCUGCUGCUGCUUGUGGGGCUGCUUCUCCUGGAGGGCUAGAAAGGGCUACUGGGGGGAGAGGCGGCUGGGUCGUCUCCCUCCCUGUCCCCAGGCUGGAAGAGGGGGUGGGAUCUGUCAGUGCCACCUGCCCAGAGGGCACCACCCCAUGCACUGACCUCCCAGGGAGGGCACCCCCGUCUCUCUCACUCACACCCAUGGGGGAACGGGGCAGCGUGAGCAAACUCAGCAUCUGUCUGCCUGUCCUUCCGCAGCCGUCCACGGCCCAACUCUCUCACCGGUCUGAUCCAAGCCUUAUUUAUUGAUCAGUCUGUCUCCAGAGUCACUGAAUCUCUGUCUCUUGG